AACUCAUUCACAUUUGAUAUCCCAAUCCCAAGUGAUUUUUAGUUGCUCACAAUAACAAAAUAAAGUUUCCCGCCAUAAAGGAGAACAGAAGCAUAUGGCCGAUACACAGUAAGUAGGAAGAAGAGAAGACAGGAAAGAGGCCAUGGAGAAGAAGAGUGGAUCUGCACCUGCAACAGGUUGUUACAAGUGUGGAAGGGCAGGGCAUUGGUCCAGAGAUUGCCCUUUCUCUACUUCAGACAAUGUAGGGCAAGGGAAGCAGGCUGUUGUAGCAGAGAAGCCGGCACAAGCUCCCAAGGUGAAGAAAAAAAUUCGCCGGACGAUCACUCCAGAUCUCCUCCUCUCCAAUGAAGGUCUCGGCUAUGUUCUUGAGCACAUCCCUCGCAUGGUUCAGAUUAAGGGUCGUGGUCACGAGGUAACGGAUCUGGGGAACUUGAUGGAGGCCUAUAUUCAUUGGCACUCACUCAUGUUGCCUUCUGUCUCGUUCCCCUACUUUGUGGACAAAGUUGAGAAGGUUGGCUGCACCAAACGCGUUAGGACUUGCAUCCGAGAGCUGAGAGAAAGGGUAGCCAACGGGGAGAAUCCCAAAACUUUGCACGAGCCUCCUACUGAGCCAAUUCCUGCAUUUGAUGACAUGGUAGAUGGUGAAGUUGGAUUUGAAGCGGAGCAAGAUAAAGUUGUUGCUGAAGAUGAUAUUAUUGAGGAGGACUUAUUUGAUGAACUCUACAGGCAGGCAACGGGAGAGGAGGCAGCAUCUUCAAAGAUUGUUCCAGAUGCUGAUGUUGCCAGUCAGUCAGUACGUCAGUCAUCACCCACUUUGAAUACUCGAGAGGAACAGGGCAUCCAACCACCGGGGAAUGAUGCACAUACACAAACGAGUCAGACACAGAUUUCCGAAGAACAAAAAUCACGCAUGGAAGCUAACAAACAAAAGGCUUUGGAAAGGGCUGCCGCCAGGGCAGCAGCCCAGUUACAAUCUCAAUGAUCCAUAGUGCAUUUGAUUGGCAUGGCUUGGUUUACUCUCUAUAGCCAAUUGUUAACAAAUCAAAUCCAAGAAUAGAAGAAAAAUGAAUGUUUUCAACUCAUUUUUUUCAUAAUCUAUCUUCUUAUCAGAUCCAACCUGGAUAGCUUGUUGAAAUUUCUCGUACAGAAAGCACAUGUUUGAGUCAAGUUUAAGCACUGUUUUAACAGAUGCAGGCAUCACAAUAUAAGCUGGAUUUUGGCAGGUCUCUAUUAUUGUCAUCAGUGCAGUCGUACCCUGAUCACUGCAGUUUAAUUUGUCAACCUAGUAUAUGAGCUCUUCAUAGCUCUUAUUGUGCCAUGCAGAGGUAUUUUGAAACCACUAUUAUAUCUUCCAUUUCUUUAAAUUUUGGAUGCCAUAGAGAGCCAUACGUGCAUUAGGUACCGAGGCCUUAAGUAGUGCAACAAGUGUUUCGAUAACCAUUUAACUUCAUAAAAUGCAAACUUCAGCUUUUGAUGUU